CCGAUUGGUGGUCGUUGACGGGGUGCGCAUCGCCGCCUGUAAUAGCUUGCGAACAGAGAGAAGAGGACAAAAGACAAACUGUACCAUCAUGUCGAUGUCGGUAGUACAGGUGGAGAAGGCUCUUGCUAAGGUAAUGAAGUAUGCAGCGGAGGACAUCCACUACAACGAUGACAUCGAGUUCUCUUUGCUGAAGGAGAGGGUGCCGAGGUACUUCGGAGUUAGUGUGGAUAUGAGAUCCACAAUCAUGGCAAAUGACGAGGGUUGUGUCAAGGCACGAAUGCUCUUGCAACGCUUCAGAGAGUCACCACAUGUACGUGUGGACAACGAAGUGGAACAUAGUCCUUAUAGUCUAAAAGGAGUGGUUCAAUGGAUGUGCAACGAAGGGAUGUGCGAAGAUGGAGACGUGGAUAUGACAAUGCACCAAAAUGGGGGAACGUAUGCACCUGCAGAUUUCAAAAAGUUGUUGGGCACUGUGGCGAAGAACUCCGACAUGCUUGUUGAUGGGUCAAAGGACGAGUUGAAAAGUGGUGCUGCAGAGAUCUUGGUGGUGAACGGCAUCCACGAGGCGUUGCACGAAGUGACAGAGUUUGCACUGCAGGGUAAAGAUCUGAUCGAAUUUGUGCCAGCGAGAGGAGAAGACGACUUCAUAUCCGGCAGACCGUUGUGGGGGGACUUAUUGUCACGCGUUUUGGACCGGCUCAGUCUUGCAAGUUGCGAUGUUGAGAGACAAAGAGAAAGAGAAGGAGGGUGGAAGUUGAUCGUCAGGGAAACAAGUUUAGCAAUCAUUCCAGACAACGGAGAGACAUUAGCAGCAGGAGAAUCAAUAAGCAGUAUGGCAGUCGAUGUGCCUCCCAUGCAGAUAACAGAUACAGAGGAGGUACUGCUUGCGGAUAUCUUCAAUACUAACGCUAUGGAGAGAGAUCAGUGUGAUGUUGGAUUCGCAGACGCCGAUUUGGCAAGUUGUCUUGCAAUAUACACAGACCAUGAAGAUAUAGCAGAAGAUGAAGAAGAGGAUGAGGAGGCAUCGUCUUCUGACGUGGAGGUGAGUGGCAGCGAUGUCAGCAGCGACGAGGCAGACGAGGAAGAUGAUGUUUACUAUGAUUUGAAGGGGGCGGGUGGACAAAUGUCAAAAGGUUGGGCACAUGCAGUUCUAAGGUUGGCAUGUGCUUUCCCCGAUCCGCACAAUGUGCUGUGUGUUGUGAUGAAGGGGGCAACACCUGACGGUGCUCUACAGUAUGCCGCAAAAAUGGACAGCAGUCCACGGGUAUGCGACUGUGGCAGACCUCUUAUGUCCUUACGAACUUUGAAUUUACAUCGUGCGAGGGUAUGCCCGUCUGUGGUGGACGAAAGAGCACAAGGGAAGGAGAUGUUUAUUGUUGACGUCUGCGGGCCAUCAAACAUAGGUGCAGUGAAUCUCGUGAGCGAUGAGAGCGAGGACAUCGGAGCCCCCGGGAACGCAGACGGAAAGGGCGGGCCAUUCGCAGAGCAGCAACCGCCGCCUGCCGAGUCUUUUCACAGCUCUCGCAAGCUGGCGGCACUGAUUUUCUCUGCCAGGGGCGGUGUCGGGAGGAUGGCAACGCGUCAAGGGACGAGGUCGACGACAGUGAGACCUCCCACAGACAUCCUCGCGACACUGACGAGGCUGACGACGACGACGGCAGGAGUGACGACGGCACCGCGCACGAAGAGAGUGACGAUGGGUCAGCCGAAGACGACAGAAGCGCAUCUAGAAGAGCGAGUUCCCCGUCCCCAGGAGGAGCACAACGCACGAGGGUCCCCAGGAGGAACACAAUGCACGAGGGAAGCGCUGCCGAUACGCCUUCCAUUGGCAGACAAAUAGUGAGGCACGCUAAUACUGUUGGAAAAGGUAAACAAAGUGUGCUGCAAUUG